AUGGCGAACGCAAGAUGGCGGUUUGUGUCUGUAGUGUACGCGCUGUACCUGACCAGCGCCGUGCUGGGCUCGCAGGACCUCAUGGCGAAGAUGACCAAGGGAUUCACGAGGGUCGUGGAUGACUGCAAAACUGAGCUUAACGUGGGCGACCACAUAAUGCAAGACAUGUAUAACUACUGGCGCGAAGACUACCAGCUCAUUAAUCGGGACAUGGGUUGCAUGUUACUGUGUAUGGCGAAGAAGUUGGACCUCAUGGACGACCAGACGAUGCAUCACGGAAAAACUGAAGACUUUGCCAAGAGUCAUGGAGCUGACGACGACGUGGCCAAGAAGCUGGUGAGUGUAAUCCAUGAAUGCGAGCAGCAGCACACCGGUAUCGCUGACGACUGCAUGAGGGUGCUGGAGGUAGCAAAGUGCUUCCGCACUAAGAUCCACGAGCUCAAAUGGGCUCCCAGCAUGGAGGUCAUCAUGGAAGAGGUCAUGACAGCCGUGUAA